AUGUUAGGCCUUCGAUCAGAGUUUACCUAUAGAAUAUCUCAUCAUAUUGUACCUGGUUGUGCACGAUUUGGUAUAAUUGAUGAGACAGGACAAUUACAACUUAUUGUUGCAACAACAACAAAUAAGGUUAUAAUUCAUGAUAAUGAAACAAUUCUUAAUAUAAAUGAAAAAAUUCGUGCAUUGGAAGUAACCACAUUGGAUAAGACAUAUGAUGCAAUUAUUGUUGGUACAAUAAGUGGUUUAUUAAUUUAUGAUGCUUACAAUAAUACAACAUUAAUUCAACGUGAAAUUAUUGAUGGUGUCAAUUGUAUACAGGUGGGAAAAUUUAACACCUAUGAUAAGCUUAUCUUUUGUGGUGGCAAUUGUGCUGUCUGGGGUUUAGAUAUCGAGGGAAAAGAUGCCUUCUGGACUGUUACCGGUGAUAAUGUCUUAUCACUUUGCUUAUCAGAUAUCGAUAAUGAUGGUUUGAAUGAGCUUAUUGUUGGAUCAGAAAGUUUUGAUAUUCGUAUUUUCAAGAAUGAUUUGUUACUUUAUGAAAUGACAGAAACGGAUGCCAUAACCGGAUUAUGUGAUUUGGGUGAUGGUAUUUUUGCAUAUGCUCUAAUGAAUGGUACAUUAGGUGCAUAUAGUGGAAAUACACGGUUAUGGAGGAUAAAAAGUAAAAGUCAGGCUGUAGCAUUAAUACAAUUUCCGGAUCCUAAAGCUUUGGUAUGUACAUGGAUCCAUGGUAAGAUUGAUAUGAGAGAUCCAGUAACAGGUGAAGUAAAAUUAAAAGAAUCAAUCAAUAAUCAAAUUGCUACUACCUUUAUUACCGGUGAUCAAUUAAUUGUUGUUUCUACCGAUGGAAAUGUUCAUGGUUUUAUAAUUGAUAAGAAACAAAAUAGAAUUAAUGAUGAGCAAAAUUUAUUGCAUGAACUUAAUCUAAAAAAAUAUGAUUUAUUGACAGAAUUACAAAACUAUGAACAAUGUAGAAAUAAUGCAUUAUCAAAUGAGAAUGAGGGAAAUAAACAAAUCAUUCCGGCUGACACCAUUUUGGAAACCUCUUUAACAAUCAAUAAUCAAUCAAAGGUACCAUCCGUUGAAUUACAAUUGAUUGUUUCCAGUGAUGCUAUCAUCCGAGCGGUUAUUUUAUUCGCCGAAGGUAUUUUCGAUGGUGAAUCAUACAUUAUACAUCCAACCGAAAAUUAUUCUUCCUGUAUUGCAAUUCAACUUCGACCUACCAAAGAUAUAGCUGUUAAUCUUCAUAUUAAAGCACUCGUAGGAUAUGCUAAAAGCACUCAGCUACACGUCUUUGAAGUAACACGUAAUAUUCCACGUUUUAUGAUGUAUGCAUUAGAUACGGAAAAUAUAGUACAACCGGAAGGAAAAGCAAUAUUUCAUAUUAACGAGCGACCACCACGUUUAGCAAUUUGGGUUAAUAGCAAUUUUUUACUAACUAAUGAAAUUGUCUGUGAAGAUGAUUUCAACCUAACUGUUAAUUUUAUCAGUUUACGAACCAGCGAAUCAUUGAUUAUUGAAAUGGAUGGAAACGGAAAGGUAAUUAUUCAAAAUAACGACAUCGAAUUAGUUGGUAAUAUCAUUCAGUCAAUUGCUGAAAGUUUUGGAAUCACUGAAAUACAAACAACGGUAGAAUUUCCUCGUGAAGCUGCCAAACUCAAUGAUAUUACAGAAAAGCUACAUGAAAUGUACAUUAUGCGUAAUCGAUUAUCUGCAACGAUAGCCGAACGAUCGAAUUCGAUCAAAGAAAUGUUAGUACGAGCCGAAGAUGCCCGAACUAUCAAUCAAUUCCGUUUAAUGAGUAAAUAUUAUCAGAAGAUGCAUACGUUAAAUCAGGCAAUGGUAGCAGAACAUAAAAUACGUUGUAAUAAUCAUGAAGAAUUGCUUAAACUUCUUCGAAAUCUUAACAAAAUUAUUGAACAAGGCUCUCGACUUCGAGUGGGUGCACCAGCUAGUCGAUUAAUUUCAGCAUGUCGAGAUGCAAUUGUUCAGGAACAUUUUGAUAUGCUUCAAAAAAUUAUCCUCUUUGGUGUAUAA